CCUUCUUUCCCUUCUACUUAAACUCUCCCCUCUUCUCAUUUCACUUUCCACGCUUUCAAUUCCUUUCCUCUAUACCCCAAAAAUGUCCUCCGUCGCUCGCGCAAUCCGCCCCUUCGCUUCCCGGGUCCUUACCCAGAAGCCUCUUGCUUCCGCCUGCCAGGUUGCGCCUGCUUUCCGUUUCCCGCGGGGAACCAGGAGCUUCUCUCAGAGCCCUCUCUCCCAACUGAAGAAGUACACAGAGUCCCACGAAUGGAUUGAGCUGGCCGAUGGCGGCAAGACUGCCAAGAUCGGUAUCACCGAAUACGCCGCCCACUCCUUGGGUGAUGUCGUCUACGUAGAGCUUCCCGAGGUCGACCUCGAGAUCGUCGCCGGCGAGCCCGUCGGCGCUGUCGAGUCCGUCAAGUCUGCCUCCGAUGUCCUCUCCCCCGUCGCUGGCAAGGUUAUCAAGGGUAACAGCGUCCUUGAGGAUAAGGCUAAGACCAUCAACGAGAGCCCCGAGGGUGAGGGCUGGAUCGCUGAGAUUGAGGUCGCUGAUGCUGCUGAGCUCGAUGCCUUGCUUGAUGAGGCUGCCUACAAAGCGACUAUCGAUGCUUAGAUUUGUGGAGUGUAAAGACUGGUCGUGAUUCGUGGUUUAUAAAGCCUGCCUCUGCGUAGUGAAUGCCUUUUUCUUUAAGUGUGAUGUUAUAUUGUCAUGUAUGCCCAAUGGUGACCGAUUUCCUUCAACUAAAG